AUGGCAUGUAAAAGAUGGAGGGCAAAACCACUUCUAUUACCAAUUAUGCCCAAUCUAUCAAAUCAGCGAGUUCAGCGUACUCGAAUAUUCGAAAAUGUUGGAUUAGAUUAUUUAGGUCCUCUUUCUAUAAAAUGUGAAAGCGGACUGAAUAAAAGAUGGAUUGCCUUAUUUACAUGCUUCACAACCAGGGCUAUACACCUCGAAGUGGUAGAUGACUUGUCAGCAGAAAGUUUUAUGCAUGUAUUGCGGAGAUUCGGUGCACGACGAGGAUACCCAUACCCCAAUGGAGGAGUUUAUGAACGACUAAUUGGGCUAACCAAAAACGAUAUGAGAAGAUCUAUUGGUCGACGAUUAUUACGGCACAAAGAGUUGAUCACAUUAAUGGCAGAAAUAGAAGGUGUCUUAAACAGUCGUCCAUUAACUUAUGUAAAUUUUGAUGAAGAACGAACUCAAAGACACCACAAAUCCCCUAAAUUAGUGGAGGAAAAAGAAUCUCACGAACAAGAAAUUGUCUUACUUAAUGAGCCAAAUAUUCCUCGAGGUGUGUGGAAAAUUGCUAAGGCAAAAGAACUCAAAAGGGGAAGAGAUGGGGAAGUACGUAAUGUUAUAAUCGAGACACCGCAGGAAAAUUUGCUUAAUCGACCAGUAAACAUGUUAUAUCCUCUCGAAGUUGGAAACGAUGAAAGCCAAAAGGCCCAAAUAUCGGAGCCGGAGAAAUCGACUCAACAAUUAAAACCACAGGAGGAACUUAUUGCUGCCAGAACGAGAAGUGCAACACAAAAGCAAAAUACGCAAACGAAUUUCUAUACUAGAACCCAUAUUCGAUUACCAGGGAUCAAAUGUAAUAAUAUUACACGAACAGUAUGUACUAAAGCCUUUUUAAGAUUAUCAUUAUCAGUAGCAUCUGAUAAAACCACUAUUUCAGCUACAUCUUCUCAUCUCUGUAUAAAUUUAGACAAUGAAAAGGAAUUAAAUGGAACGCCAUUAAAACAAAUCUCGCCUAAUAAAUGCACUACAAACAAUAAUGUAUGA